AGCUUACUGAGUAAACAUGCAUGUGGUUAUGGAUGGCAGCUGGAUUCAGUUCGGCCCUGCGGGACGAGGCUCAGAUGACUGGGGCACAGGCGCAUCUGGACCUCCUUCAACUGAGGAUCGUCUUAAGGGCGACUGGAAUGAGCUGCUGGCUUCAAACAAGGUCGAAGAGAGACCGGAGGCAAUGCUGUAUGUUGUCAUAGUAACGGGCUCCUUGCUCGUCCUCGCAGGAAUUGCCUUCUUUGUUUACAGAAUAUGUUUCAGGGCGAAGGAGAACACAGCCAAAGUCAUAACUCUGGAUUUCGACGACGCUGAUGGCACUGCUGAAUUUCUGUCCACUUUAGAGGAAUCAGAUGGCACUGAAGACGGGAACGAUGGGGUUUUUCUGAUGGUUUAUCUGCCGGCCCCAUACGAGAAAACCCUCACAAAGAUAGCCCGUGCUGCCAGCACCUCCAGCUCCCAUAAUGAUGUGGAGAUCGUGCAAUUACACACAGAGACCUCCACUGAUCAAGAGUGAAGAUUCAUGCCCUCCCAUGUAGAACGUGUAGCACUGAUCCACUGAUAACACAUCAACACUAAAAACUACUGUACAUGAUACACAGUGUAGUUCAAGGUUAUGGCUAUCACUCAGUAGUGCUAUCUAAAACAUCACUGUACCAACACACCAGUGUUUGUGAGGGAAUACUGCCAGAGUAGUUUUUUUAAUCAUAUAUAAUCUAGCUGUCAUGAAAUGGCUACAAAAUAAUUCACAUUUUUAUUAACUUUACCACAAUGCAGUUGUUUUGAAUCCUAGUAGUAUUAUAUAUAAUAAAGUGUGUAUACACAGAAAAUACAAUAUAGUCUUGUUUACACUUGGGAACUGCUUGUAUCUCAUUAGUUAGUUUUUAUUGUGCGUUUCCAUCAGGAAUGGAGCUUUCCCCCCCGAAAGUGCAAGGAAGUGUGUGAUAGUUAAUAACAGCAGAUAUGCCACAUCGUGUGCUUUGUUUUAUUAUUACAUUCACCUGCAAGCAAAGUGAAAUAAAAUAUGAAUUACAAUGCCAA